AUGGACUCGCUGUACAAUUGCCCCCAACAGUCUCGGCAGGAACGCGACCCUCAACGUGUUGACGUAGUCGCCGCCAAGAUGAGCAUCAGCCUCAUUCUCAAUGACAACGAGAUUGAUGGUGGACCCCAAGAAGCUGGCAUGCUGCCGAUUCGAAGAUGCAACACCGAGCCCUCACGAUCUGGUUCGGUCCAGUCACCCCCCUUGUCGCCAUGUCUGUCGACUGCAUCAACUUGCUCCGAAAGAUCAUCAUCCUCAACGGGGAAAAAACGCCAUCCUCCCAGACAGGGUUACACCAACGAGCAAGCCCUCUUCAUCUGGUGGCAUCGUGAUGACAAGUGUCUCCCCUGGAGCAAGGUUGAAAGGGCAUACCAAAGGUAUUUCGGCUACACACGCAAGACUGGCGGUCUGCAGUGUAAAUACUACCGCAUCCUGGAUCGGUACGGUGUCGUCAAGGUACGCGACCAAAAGCGUUGGCAGCUCCGCGAGGGAAGAAAGGACCCCGCUCGUAAAUUCGGUAUGGAAGCGACAACAAAGCUGUGGUUUUGCUGGAUGGAUGCAAGGCAUCUUGACUAG